GCUCACAUGAAAGCUCACAAAGCAGGUAAAGAACAGCAGUUUGAUGUAAUGAACAAACAUUACAAGCAGCUUGAGAGUCGCCUGGACGAAAUACUCUCUAGAAUUGCUGAGGAAACUGAGGAAAUCAAGGACUUGGAGCAACAGCUCACUGAUGGUCAAAUAGCAACAAAUGAAGCACUGAAAAGGGAUUUAGAAAGUAUUAUCAUUGGAUUACAGGAAUACCUGGAAAGCAUUAAGUGUCAGGCAAAACAGGCCAAUGCUGAAUGUAAAGAAUUGCAGAAAGAUAAAGAAUCUUUGCUACGAAGAUUGGCAGAUCUAGAAGAGGAAAGAAACAACCUGGAAAUAGUUGCCAUGGAUGCAGAAAAUAUGAGAAAAGAAAUUACAAUGCUAGAGAGUGCACUGGAAGAGCAGAGAGAAAUAAAUGAGUCGCUCAGAAAUACACAAAGGGAUAUCAGCGCCUAUGAGGAUGAACUGGAAGCCCAGUUAAGAGACAGAGACACUGAAGCCAAUCAGCAAAAAGAAGAAUUGGAAAGACUGAAACAACUUAGCCAGAUGGAACUGUCAGCCCUGCAAGCUGAACUUGAAAAAGAAAGGCAAGCAUUAGAGAAUGCUCUGACCAAAGCACAGCUAGCAGAAGAGAAGGAACAACAAAAUUACAAGCUCCUUUCUCAGUUCAAACAAUUGCAGGGAGACAAUAAUCUCCUCAAACAACAGCUUAAAGAUCUUCAGAAUCAGCUAAAUCAUGCGGUUAGUAACUUAAUUCACCCUGAGGAAGUCUUAGCUCGUAUAAAUGAAGUCAAGCAGAAGCUUCAGUCAGGAGUUGGAGAGAUCAAAUGUCAGAAUUCAGCUGAUGUUUUAGGGAAAAGCCUUGCAAAUCUGCAGAAAGAAUUCAGUGACAUCCUUGCUGAUGCUCAGAGAGAAAAAGAGAAAGCAUGGACUAGACAGAGACAAUUGCAGGAAGAAAUGGUAUCCCAGCAGGAAAAACUGGAAGAAGUACAGGAGAAAUAUAGACAGGUUAAAACUGAAAACAGGCAGAAUAAGAACAAGGUCCAUCAGCUGGAAAAUGAAAUUCAACAUUUACAUGAAAAAAUAAAGAGCAUGGAAGAAAUUCAGGGCCUUGCUGAUCAACAGCUCCAAGAGGCAGAUGAAGAGAAAGAGAGUAUUCUUGCUCAACUGGAAGACUUAGAGAAAAGGAAAAAAAUAGAAGAUGCCAGGGCACAAAUGCAGUUUGUCAGUCUAGGUAAAGAACUGAAGGAAUUAAAGAAAGCAGUCAUCGCUUCGGAUAAACUGGCAGCCACAGAGCUCUCCAUUGCUAAAAAUCAGCUGAAGGCUCUUCAUGGGACUGUUCUCAGAAUGAAUCAGGAGCGAGCUGAGGAGAUUGAGGAAGCUGAAGAAUUCUGUGCUGAGGCAGCUCGUGCAGCUCGGGAUCUUGCCAGAGCAGAAGCAGAAAUAGAAUUGUUACAACAACUCCUCAAGGAGAAGGAAGAACAAUUUCAGCAUGAAAUGGAGAAAGCUGGUAAGAAGACUGUUGCAUCAAGCUCUCAGAAGUUUGAAAUAGAGAAAUUAAAUGAAGCUAUGGAGCAGCAAAAAGCAGAAAUUGACCGUCUAAGAUGGUUGUUGGGUAAUAUGGGGACAGGUAACAAAGAUGAAAUUGACAACUUACAAGAUGAAAUUGCAGCACUCAAAAAUGUGCUUUCACACCAGAAUGAUUACAUCACCAGUGUAGUAGAUCCAUUGAAAAGAAGAGGAUACUGGUAUUACAUGCCAUCGUCACAGACUUCAACUCCUGCUACUUGCAGCACAAAAGAUUCUGGAGUUUGUGUCCUGUGUGCUGGCACAUCCCCACCCAGAAGAGGGAGUGAUCAGGACGGGCAGUGUGGGAAGGAAGAUUUCAGUCCAGGAGGGUGUUGGGUUUAUUCACCAGUCAGAAAUAGGCUGUACAAACCAGAUUCUGGUAAAGAUGGAAGAGCGAAAGAAGACAGUGAAGGAAAAGAAGAACCUCAUGUUCCCAAAGACCCUCCUUUUGUACCACCACCUGGUACAGUUAUUUACACGGUCCUUCCAGAUGGUGCCCCUGUACCUCAGGGAACUGUGGUUUAUGGCCCUCCUCCUGCAGCAGCAAAUGGAGGUUCAGUUGCUCCUGGAACUGUUAUCUAUGGCCCACCACCUGUGGGAGCCCAGGUCGUUUAUGGCCCUCUUCCUCCAAACUUCACCGUCCCCCUCAUCCCUGUUGGAGUGCUUCACUGCAACGUGCCUGAACAUCAUGAUUUGGAGAGUGAAGUCUCAAGGCUAGAAGACACUGUAUAUUAUUUAAAGUCUCGGAAAUACAAAGAUAAAUGGUCAGAGGCAGCUGAGCAUAAAUGCAAGAAAGAGGUGGAAAAAUUGCAUCAAAACAUUGAAGAACUUCUGCAGGAAAGAGAAGAGUUGGAACAUGAAGUAGCAGAGCUACGACGAGUAGCUCAAAAACAUAAAUGCAAGGACUUUAUUGAAGGGUAUACUGACAACCUUAUUGCAGAACUGCAGUUAGAAAAGUCUCUUAAACAUCAUGAAGAUAUUGCAGAUGAAAUUGAAUGUAUAGAGAAGACUCUUCUGAAACGACGAGCGGAGCUUAGAGAGGCAAACAGGCUACUUUCAGAGGCUGAAGUGGAACUUGAGAGCACACGGGGGAAAACUAAAGACACUAUCCAAAAGUACAAUCAUGCCAAACAGCAUUUGUCCCGUACUGAAACUGAGGCAAAGGAGCUGGAGCGGAGGGCUCAGGAAAUGGCCAUCAAACUCGUGAAAGCAGAUCAGCAAUUAAGGUUGUUACAGGCAGAUACAAGGGAUUUAGAACAGCGUAAGAGGGAACAAGAAGGUAUUUUGAAGGAGAUCAACAAAAUGGUGGCUGCAAGAGACUCUGAAUUCCAGUCGUUAAAGCAGAAGAUAGAAAUGCUAACUGAAAGUCUUCAGAAGCUUCAAGGAGAUAUUCAAGUUGCGGAAGGUAAUGAAGAACAUCACCUUCAGAUCCUUAGAGAAGCAGAAAACCUUCUUCAAGGCAAGAAAACCGAACUGGAAAGAUUGAAAGAUCAGAUGACUGCUCAGCAACAAGAGCUCUUGUUUCUGGAGCAACAGUUAAAUCAAAGAAAAGAGGAGCUCCAUGUCGUUCAAGACUGUAUUUCUCAAAAGAAAGGUGACCUCAAAGAAGCUCUUCGCGAUGGAGAGACUGAAGCAAAUGAAAAACUACGCCAAAUAAGAGAAAUGAAACUACUUCUGGAAGACCUUCAUGUUGAGAGGAAAGAACUGGAUGUCCAGAUUAAUGAGAAAAGAGCACAGCUUUCAUUCAUAAAGAAGGAUAUUGGAAAAGAGGAAGAAAAUCUUCAAGGAAUACUCGGGCAAAUUACCAGGCAUAAGACAGAACUGAAACACGUUCUGGAAAUGCUGGAGCUUGAAAAUAAUGAACUUCAAGGUUUGAAGCUACAACAUGACCAAAAGGUCAAUGAGCUAGAGAAGACUCAGGUUACAAUUCUAGAAGAGAAGUUAAAAUUGGAGAAUAUUCGGAGGCUAUUUCAGUGUCAGCAAGGGGAAGUCGAUUGGCAGGAACAACUACUUGAGAAAGACCGUCAGGAAAAUGAACACCUGGUUUCUCAGAUGCGCACUCUGCAAAAUAAUAUUGAGUCUUUGAAUAAAGAAAAGGAAAAGCUCGAAGAAGACUGUCAGAGUUUGGAGAAGAAGUUGUCACAAACCAGAAGAGACUUAACUGCUACUGAAGAUAGCAGCAGAACUGCAUUGUCCAAUGUAGAAAAAAUGGAAUUGGAUGUUAAAAACCUGCAGCAGGAGGUAGAUCUACUGAACAAACAAAAAAAAUCACUGAAUGGAGACAUUAUUGUUGUACAGAAGGAUCUUCAAGAAAAAAAAGAAGAACUAGAAACACUGAAAGGAGAAUUGAAUGGCUCCAGGCAACAGCUUCAACUGGUAGAACAGGAUUUGAAAAAUAAUACAAGGCAUCAGGAUGAGUUGCUUAGAGAGCAGGCAGCCCUGAAAGAAGAUAUCCUAGAGCAUUUAAGGAAACGUAAGGAUUGCCAAGAGAGACAGAAAAAGAGAGAGAACCAAUUGCAGCAGCUCCAGAAGGAGAUUGAAGAGAAAGAAGCAGAAGUCGCCAAACAAGACGCGAUUCUUCAUCGCCUCAAGCAAAAUUCAGAGCGUGAAGGAAAAAAACUGGAAGAAUGUACUGCUAAAGUGAGAGAUCAGAAAAUACUAUUGGAAAAAGAACUCGCAGAUCAACAGAAGAAACUGGAGCAGGCAGUAGCGAAAGUACGGCUGGCAGAAGAAAACAUCAGGAAGCUGGAAAAGGAGGAGUCCCGAUGUACAGCACUUGAAGAAACUGUCAGAAAAAGCAAACAUCAGCUCUCAGAAAAAGAAUUACAAUUACAACAAAAAAAUAGAGAAAUACAGUCCCUUCAAAAAGAACUGGAAGUCUCCAAGUCUGAGCUAAACCAUCUCCAAGAUCAGAUAGCAUCAGAGAGGAAAAAAGCUGAAAAACAAAUCUUGAGUCUGAAAGAAGCAAUGAAAACGCAAAGGAUGCAGCUUGAAAGAAAACUGCAUGAACAAAAGUUUGAAAAUAACUGUUUGCAGAACAAUAUUGCAACUGCUGAACAAGUCGCACAUGAUAACCAUGAACGAGCCAAGCGCCUUGUCAAGAACCUUGGCCGGAUCCAACAGGGCUACGUGGAUCUCCAAGCUCAGGUUAAGACUCAAGAAGACCUGGAAAAUAGACAAAGGGAGACAGAGAAUGCAGUGAUGUUCCUUAAAGUGGAGGCUGAAGAUGAAGUUAGGAUGGGCUUUAAAUCUUCAAGCCCAUCUUCUCUGGAACCAUUGGAAGAUUUGGAAGCAUCUUGUGAAGUAAAGGGCAGUCUGCAGUGUGGAUCCCAUAACUUAGAGGAGACUGAUCCAUUUGCUGCUGCUGACAGAAGACUCCUCUCAUUGGAAGAAAAGUUGAAUUUUUCUAAAGUCUUCUUAAUGGACGAACAGUGGCGUGGGGAGGCUCUCCGAGAAAAACUGCGGCAUCAUGAAGAUCGGCUGAAGGUGCAGCUCCGGCAGUGCAUGUCCAAGCAAGCAGAAGUGUUGAUCCGAGGCAAGCAGCAAACGGAAGGCACCCUUCACAGCUUGGAGCGGCAGGUGGACGCGCUGGAUGACCUGGUCAGCAGCACUUCGUCAGAUUCGCUGCUUCUAGCCCAGAGCUCCAGUCUCGUAUCUCUCCACGAUGCUCUGAAUUUUACGGAAACGCAGGCUACUCUGACAAGAGUCACGCGGGUGCCCAGCAGCCCGGUGGGUGUUUCCGUGGUGUCUCAGGCGCUGCGUUCCUGCUCACGAGGAAUUUCCCAGUAG